AUCUGUUGUUCCAUGGCAUUUACAGAGUAAUCAUGAAACUAUGAAAGAAAAGUCUGUCUAACUUGUAUUUGAAAUGAUCAUCAGGGUUCGUAUGCAUUAUGGUCAUCCAGAUGUCUUUGAUAGACUAUUCCAUAUAACUAGGGGUGGUAUCAGCAAAGCAUCUUGCGUCAUAAAUAUUAGUGAAGAUAUUUUUUCUGGAUUCAAUUCAACUUUGUGCCAGGGCAAUGUUACUCACCACGAAUACCUCCAGGUUGGCAAGGGACGAGAUGUUGGACUCAAUCAGAUUGCUUUGUUUGAGGGGAAAGUUGCAGGUGGUAACGGGGAACAAGUCCUUAGUAGAGAUGUCUACAGGCUUGGUCAGCUUUUUGAUUUCUUCAGAAUGCUAUCGUUCUACUUCACAACUGUGGGAUACUACUUUUGUACCAUGUUAACAGUGCUCAGUGCCUACAGUUUUCUCUAUGGGAGAGCCUAUUUGGCGUAAUCUGGGGUUGGUGAAACGAUUCAAGAAAGAGCAGAUAUAUUUGAUAAUGCUGCACUAAAUGCUGCUCUCAAUGCACAGUUUCUUUUUCAGAUUGGGGUAUUUAGUGCAGUGCCAAUGAUUUUGGGUUUCAUCUUGGAACAAGGAUUCCUGAGUGUAUGGUAUUCAUCUCUUGAUUUUCAGCUGUUAUCAUUUCUUCAAAAUGCAGCUAUUCCUUCAAAAAGUUUCUGUUUUGUAUAAUUGUUAUUCAUUUCUUUGGAAAUAAAUGCCAGAUCAUCGU